AACACGUAGGAUUUCCAAAAUCGCGGCUGCCAAGCUGCGCCUCCACGAUAGACACAGGAAUCAUUCCACGUGCAAUGGACAGGAUAUGAAAAAUCAUGCGGUCGCAUACCUGGAUUUAAUUACUGAAAAGUCUAACGUGAAUAAUCGUGGCUGCAGGAAGCGAUCGUCAUGGUGUAAAAUGGAGGAAAAACGGUAGAGACGAUCCAGAAGCGGUGCUGAGUCCGAUAGACAUGGGUAGGAUAAUCACCAAAGAAACAUGGCACAAAGGUUUCCUGUACCAAAUACAGGGAAUAAUGGCCCUCCACCACAAAGAUAUGCAGCAUCAUCUGUGCCUCCCAAUUUAAGACAAUAUUCUGGUCCAAAUUUUCCUAUGCAACAGAGGUCUGGAUUCACUCCUCCUCCGCAAAUGGCCAAUGCAGGCCCUGGACCAGCUAGUAUAAUAAGGACAAGUCAACCUUAUUCAAAUAUGCGUCAAGGUCCUAUGGCUACUCCACCAGUUGGAAAACGGACUGCAGAUCAACGUAUUCCUAUGUCACAACAGAAACCGUAUUUUUGGAACAGUGAUUUUUCACAUUCCACAUCCAAGAAGAAGAAAAAGCUGGCAGAUAAAAUCCUGCCACAAAAAGUGCGCGAUUUAGUACCUGAAUCUCAGGCUUAUAUGGACUUACUCGCGUUUGAAAGAAAAUUAGACGCGACUAUAAUGAGGAAACGACUUGACAUACAAGAAGCAUUAAAACGUCCAAUGAAACAGAAAAGGAAGUUGAGGAUAUUUAUUUCUAAUACAUUUUAUCCAGCAAAAGAAGCUGGUGAAGGUGAAGAAGGUUCCGUUGCAUCUUGGGAACUUAGAGUAGAGGGACGAUUAUUAGAUGAUACUAAAAAUGAUCCCAAUAAGGUAAAAAGGAAAUUUUCUUCCUUUUUUAAAAGUCUAGUUAUAGAAUUGGAUAAAGAUCUAUAUGGACCCGACAACCACUUGGUUGAAUGGCAUCGUACAUUGACAACCCAAGAAACUGAUGGUUUCCAAGUAAAGAGACCUGGAGAUAAAAAUGUUCGAUGCACUAUUCUUUUGCUUCUUGACUACCAACCCUUACAAUUUAAACUAGAUCCCAGAUUAGCGCGACUUUUAGGUGUACAUACCCAAACGAGACCUGUUAUCAUUUCCGCUCUUUGGCAGUAUAUAAAAACACACAAGCUUCAAGAUAGUCAUGAAAGAGAAUUCAUAAACUGUGAUAAAUAUCUCGAACAAAUAUUUGCUUGUUCAAGGAUGAAAUUCGCAGAAAUACCACAACGUUUAAAUCCAUUACUUCAUCCCCCAGACCCAAUCGUAAUCAAUCACGUUAUUAGUGUUGAAGGGACAGAAACAAAGCAGACUGCGUGUUACGACAUAGAUGUAGAGGUUGACGAUACAUUAAAAACGCAGAUGAAUAAUUUCCUGCUAUCUACUGCAAGUCAACAGGAAAUCCAGAGUCUUGAUAACAAAAUUCACGAAACGGUUGAGACAAUCAACCAAUUAAAAACGAACCGAGAAUUUUUCUUGAGUUUUGCCAAAGAUCCUCAACAAUUUAUCAACAAAUGGAUUAUUUCACAAACGAGAGAUUUGAAAACUAUGAUCGACGUGGUUGGGAAUCCGGAGGAAGAACGUAGGGCAGAAUUCUACUAUCAACCAUGGGCACAGGAAGCAGUGUGUCGGUAUUUUUAUACGAAGGUUCAACAGAAACGCGCGGAAUUGGAGCAGGCACUUGGUAUCAGGAACUCAUAAGUAUAACAACCGGAAUACGGUAAUUCAAAGCAUCGUUAUGUAAAGUAUUUAUACGAAUCUUUUUCUUGUUUCAAUUGCGAAACCGAUCGAUUAACGUGUCUUAUAUUUGACUCGGUGUUAUUCUAUAACAUUAUGGUCAGGCAGCAUAUUUUUACGAAUGUUCAGAAUGAUGGAGAAAGAUGUAUAGGAACCCUAACGGAAUGAUUUCAUGGAUGCAAAUUUAUUUACAUGAACGUAUAUCGAUCUCGUAUAUCUUUAUUCAAGCUGAUUUUUUCAGAAGUCUUUUCUAUGAGGAUAUGUAUUACGACCCGCUAUGCGCACUAUAACUGCGAUGAAAUUCUGUACAAUAUAACGAAUAAAUCUUUGAUAUAACUCGCUGAAACCAUUUUAAA